AUGGAGAAAGAGUGUGUUGAGGAUAUUAUGGACAUUGAAGUUCUCCCUUCAAUGUGGCCAGAAGAUAUUGCAACUGAUGUUGGAAAACAGUUCAAUAUUGAAAAGCCAGGAAACGACCAAGAUAUGUUAGAAGAGAUUACAAUCAUAGAAGAACCGACUAUAGCCGAUUUCAAGCGUCUCAUUGAGCUAACAAAUUUCACAGAAAAAGGUUCUUCUCAGUUAGCAAACCUUAUGAAACACUGGGAGUAUAAACAAGCCAACGUCGCGCGUCUGUUAAGAGAAGAACUCGACAACCUAAGCAAACAAAGAAAGGAUGUUGAGUUAAGGAAGUUGGAGAUACUGGAAGAGCAUAGAUUCGAGAAAGAGAGAUAUGGAGGCGAUAAACGGCCGGUUUCUAUAUUGGAUGAUAUUUAUGAUAUAUGGCAACAGGAUGUACCUUGUAGAAAAAGUGAUGUUGUGGUUAAGAACAAGAGAAUUGAAAUUGAUGCGGAGUUUGAUACUGUUGUGUACUGGAAACAGCGAGCCGUGCACUUAGAAAAGCUUCUUGAGGCAAGUUUGAUGAGAGAAGAGUCACUUGAACAAAAGUUGCGAGAAAGUAUUAAGAACUUUGAGAGACAAUUCUCACCUGUUGAAGAACUCUCUCAGAUUUUGAAGAGAGCAGAUAAUUUCUUGCAUUUUAUACUCCAAAAUGCUCCGGUUGUUAUUGGCCAUCAGGACAAAGAGUUGCGUUAUCGCUUUAUCUAUAAUCACUUUCCGAGUUUACAAGAGGAGGACAUUAUAGGAAAAACGGAUGUUGAAAUAUUCACCGGAUCUGGUGUUAGGGAGUCUCAAGAUUUUAAGAUGGAAGUUUUAGAAAAAGGAUUGCCUGCGAAAAGGGAAAUCACUUUCGAGACAGAACUAUUUGGUUCGAAGACAUUCUUGAUUUAUGUCGAACCUGUCUUCAGCAAGACAGGAGAAACAAUUGGAAUCAAUUACAUGGGAAUGGAUGUAACAGAUCAGGUGAGAAAAAGAGAAAGGAUGGUGAAGAUUCGCGAAGAGAUAGCUGUUCAAAAAGCAAAGGAAACAGAACUGAAUAAAACCAUUCACAUUACAGAGGAAACUAUGAGAGCAAAACAAAUGCUGGCAACAAUGUCACAUGAGAUAAGAUCUCCGCUGUCCGGUGUUGUUAGCAUGGCCGAAAUUCUUUCUACCACAAAACUUGAUCGGGAACAACGACAGCUCUUGGAUGUAAUGUUAUCAUCCGGAGACUUGGUUCUUCAACUCAUAAAUGACAUACUUGAUCUUUCCAAGGUUGAAUCAGGAGUGAUGAAGUUAGAGGCUACAAAAUUUCGACCACGAGAGGUAGUAAAGCACGUGCUUCAGACAGCUGCAGCGUCAUUGCAGAAAACAUUAACCUUAGAAGGACAUGUAGCAGAUGAUGUACCUAUUGAGGUUACUGGCGAUGUUUUAAGGAUUCGACAAAUCCUCACCAAUUUAAUCAGCAAUGCCAUCAAGUUUACAGAUGAAGGCAAAGUUGGGAUAAACCUUUAUGUAAUGAAAGAAGAAAAACAUCUCUCAACACCUCAAAACCAUGGAUUUAAUGAUGACUGUAGAUCUCUGGUUAAAAGCGAAUGCUCGAUGAAUGGAGACACAGAGGAUCAACAUCACUCAGCUGAAACAAUCGUGUGGAUAGGUUGUGAUGUAUAUGAUACAGGCAUUGGAAUACCAGAAAAUGCAAUACAUAGUUUAUUUAAAAGGUACAUGCAAGUCAGUGUAGACCACGCUCGGAAGUAUGGCGGCACAGGGCUAGGACUAGCAAUAUGCAAACAAUUGGUUGAGUUGAUGGGGGGUAGUCUAACAGUGUCUAGCAGAGAACAGCAUGGUUCUACCUUCACAUUCAUACUGCCAUACAAGGUCUCAAUAGCUUGUGAUAGUUCUGAUUACUCGGACGAACUCUCGGACAUGGAGCAUAACGAUGCAGCUUCUGAUGAUACAACAACAGAAGGUUUCUUCCAGUUCCACACAAACAGAACUCAGAAGCUAUUACCACACAAAUUCAGUGGAUUUUCUGAGAGUUCGUUCUCAUUUCCCGCUACUUCUAAUGACAUCGUAUCAAAAGGGACAUGUUCUUUCGAUGAAUCAUCUUCCGUUGUUGAUGCUUCAGAUAUGUCUGAAUCAGCUAGUUCAUCUAGUAACAAACAUCAUCUAUAUAAUGCUCAUGCAUGGUUUCAAAAUGGUAGUGCAGAUUCUUCUCAGCAUAUGGUGGUAAACACAACUACUCAAUGUGUUAGUAGAAGUAGUAAAUCAGAAGUAACCAAAUCCAUAUCUAAGCCUAAGAUCCUUCUUGUGGAAGAUAACAAGAUCAACAUCAUGGUGACACAAUCCAUGAUGAAGCAGUUGGGUCAUAACAUUGAUGUUGUCACUAAUGGAGCCGAAGCCGUACGAGCAGUUCAACGCUGUACUUAUGACCUGGUUCUGAUGGAUGUGUGCAUGCCGGUUAUGGAUGGUCUUCAAGCAACAAAACUGAUUCGGUCUUUCGAGGAAACAGGCAAUUGGGAUGCUGCAAAAAAUGCUGGAAUCGAGCAAAGUCUACUAGAUCUAGAUUAUGAAACUUCUGUUCCAUCUACAAAGCGAACUCCCAUUGUUGCAAUGACAGCAAAUGCUUUGUCAGAGAGUGCAGAAGAGUGUUUUGCCAAUGGUAUGGACUCAUUUGUAUCAAAACCUGUGAGUUUACAAAAAUUGAAAGAGUGUAUUGAACAAUAUACUUAA